CUGCCGCGUCGGCAGCAGGAGAGAAGGCUAGAAGGCUAGGCGGCGGCGGCGGCUACAGCUGCAGGUUUUGGGCAGCUGUGUCUGUGGCUGCAGCACUGAGCUGGGCAGAUGGCAGCGACGGCAGUGGCGGCGGGGACUGGAGCCCCGGCGGGGACCGAGUCGGCGGAGGGUGCCCCGGGGCCGGCGGCGGCGCUGGAGCUGUGGCUCAAUAAAGCCACAGACCCAAGCGCGGUGGAGCAGGAUUGGUCAGCUAUCCAGAAUUUCUGUGAGCAGGUGAACACCGACCCCAAUGGGCCGACACAUGCGCCCUGGCUGCUGGCCCACAAGAUCCAAUCUCCACAAGAGAAGGAAGCCCUUUACGCCCUGACGGUUCUGGAGAUGUGCAUGAACCACUGUGGAGAGAAGUUCCACAACGAGGUGGCCAAGUUCCGCUUCCUGAAUGAGUUGAUCAAAGUAUUGUCCCCAAAGUACCUAGGGGCCUGGGCCACAGAGAAGGUUAAAGGAAGAGUUAUUGAAAUCCUCUUCAGCUGGACGGUCUGGUUUCCAGAAGACAUCAAGAUCCGAGAUGCCUAUCAGAUGCUGAAGAAGCAAGGAAUAAUAAAGCAAGAUCCUAAACUACCGAUGGAUAAAAUCUUACCCCCACCUUCUCCCUGGCCAAAGAGCUCCAUCUUUGAUGCCGAUGAGGAAAAGUCAAAGCUUCUGACAAGACUUCUCAAGAGCAACCAUCCUGAGGAUCUUCAGGCUGCAAACCGGCUGAUCAAGAACUUGGUCAAGGAGGAACAAGAAAAAUCUGAGAAGGUUUCCAAGCGAGUCAGCGCGGUGGAGGAAGUGCGGAGCCACGUGAAGGUGUUGCGGGAGAUGCUGAGCAUGUACCGCAGGCCAGGCCAGGCCCUGCCUGACCAGGAGGCCCUGCAGGUUGUGUAUGAAAGAUGUGAGAAGCUGCGGCCAACCCUGUUCCGGCUAGCAAGUGACACCACCGAUGAUGACGACGCCCUGGCGGAGAUUCUUCAAGCAAACGACCUUCUCACUCAGGGGGUUCUGCUGUACAAACAGGUGGUGGAGGGACGAGUCAAUGCCGGGAAAGCCGCUGUGGGAGAAGUUUCUGUCCCCAGAGUCUUUCCGAAUCAAGAACCCUGCGGGAAGAACUGCCCCCUCGUUGACCUAGAGGCGCCAUCUCUGCUUCAUCAGGACCUGGCAGCCUUAGGGCUCAGCGAUAUUCCCACUAGGACCAAGGUUGUCAUUCCAAGUUGCUGUAAAGACAAGAAGCAGCCUGCUGCUAUCACGCUCCUGGGGGGUGCCGUCGAGAGCCUUUCUGCAGAGAGGAAUUUGAUGGAUCUCUUCUCGCCACAGCCAUCUCCAGGACCACUAAAUUAUGUUCCACAAAAGAGCAUCCCCAAGGAAGUACCACCAGGUACCAAGGCCUCUCCAGGUUGGUCCUGGGAGGCUGGACCAUUGGCUUCUUCCCCGGCCUCACAGAAUACACCUCUGGCUCAAGUGUUUGUCCCUCUGGAGUCUGUGAAACCCAGCCGCUUGCCGCCCAUCAUCGUGUAUGACCGCAACGGCUUCAGAAUCCUGCUGCACUUCUCCCAGACUGGGGCCCCUGGCCAUCCAGAUGUGCGGGUGCUGCUGUUGACCAUGAUGAGCACUGCCACCCAGCCUGUCUGGGACAUCAUGUUUCAGGUGGCUGUCCCAAAGUCAAUGCGAGUAAAGCUGCAGCCAGCAUCCAGUUCCAGGCUCCCUGCGUUCAGUCCCUUGAUGCCUCCAGCCGUGAUAUCUCAGAUGCUGCUGCUUGACAACCCACACAAAGAACCCAUCCGGUUGCGGUAUAAGCUGACUUUCAACCAGGGUGGGCAGCCGUUCAGCGAAGUCGGAGAAGUGAAAGACUUUCCAGACCUGGCUGUCUUGAGCGCGGCCUAACUUCUCCCCCGAGACGCUUCAGUCAAGCUUAGGCCAGCAUUCCUUUUAACCGUCUGGUCAGGACUCAUUGUGAAGUAGUGCAGAGUGCCAAGCAUUCUUUCCUGAUGUCAGGCCUUGAUUGCCAAUCUCUGUAGAUCAUGUGUGCACGUGUGCGUGUGUGUUAUUGGGGUGCCGGGGGUGGAGGGAGAGCUGGGCUGGGAUUUGGGCAGUGUGGGGGAUGCUGACGACUUCUGAGAUCAUCUCUGCUGCACUCAUACCUGCUUCUGCAUGUUGGUUGACACUGUUGUCCCUGCCUUGGGUUGGAAUUUUAUAAGCCAAAGUUUUUUCCAUGUAUUGUUAUCUUUUCAUUCAUCCACUUUGUGCCUUGUCAGCCUUUGAAAGUCUUAGUUGCUCCCAGGCUGCUAUUCUCAGGGACCUUAGAAAGGGACCUGGUUGGUCUUGUGACAGAGUGUGUCUUCUGGGGCACACUCUUCCAAGAAUGGCCUUGUCUUCAUUUUCAUUAGGGAAUGCUGCUUGCAGAUGUUCAGUAAAACCUAAAUGGAAUGCUUAUUGCACUGGUUCCAGGCAAGGGGCUGCCAUGAGACCAGGAGACCACACUCGGUGGGCCAAUCAUGUCCUUCACUACAGUGCCUUAGAUUCUCCCAUAGAUGGACCCUCUGAGGCCUUACUUGGGCUUUGGGUCUGUGGGCUGGGCAGCCUGUCUGGGCCCUUACUCAGGACCCACGAUGUCAUCCUCACUCUUUCUGUUCAUAAACAUCUCAAAGCUCUUUCAUUGUGACCCUGUGUUCCUUGUUGUAAAUCACAGCUAGCUGGCCAGUCCCUUGACCCUCACAAUCCAAGGUGGGGAACUGUGAUGCAGGUGGAGAGCCAUGUGAUAACUCCAUACAAAGCAUCAUCGAAUAAAUACUGUGUACAAAUUU